UUCUUUUCUGAUCUGCAGUUGAUAGAUAGUAUGACACCAUUGCGUCCCUAUGAGCGCUUUGAUACACUUCGCCAGUUUCUGGAACAUGAGGGACAUGUUUUACGUUUUUAUGGUAUUUGGGAUGACACUGAAACAAUGUUUGGGGACGUUCGAGAAGUGGCACUACAUUAUUUUUUGGCUGAUGAUACAAUUGAAAUAAAAGAAGUGAUACCUAUAAAUUCUGGUCGGGAUGCUGUACCUCUAUUCCUCAACAGACAGAAACUACCAAAGUAUGCUCCACCUGGAAUAUUUCAGCCUGGUACAAUUACAGAUCGGACAGUCUUGAAUGUGUUUGGAGGACUAGUAGGGAACAAAGGUCGUUAUAUUCUGGAUAACCGUAAGACAGGAGCAGUGUAUCAGGAAUUUUAUAAGGACAGUGACCUGAGAAUAGGAUCAACAAUCAAUGUUUGGGGAAGAAAAAUACUUCUCUGUGAUUGUGACGAAUUUACCAAAGAAUAUUAUAAGACAAAGUAUGGAGUCAAGGAUUUUACUCCAGUUCCAUAUAAGACACCACCUUCUCUGAAAAUAGAAAGACAGAUUCCGCCAUACAGUGGUUUUGGAUCUGAAGAAGACUCUCUUUGCUCUUGCGUUGGCUUACUUCCUAAGCCUCCCCAAAAGGACUUCAAGAAAUUCAUGGAAAAAGACAGACAAGGCCUUGAAAGUAAUAUAUUGCGAUUCCUUGCGCAACCUAUUACUCCUGAUCCCAUUGAUAAAGAUCGGAAGUUCCUUAUUUCUUAUUAUUUAAGCGAUGACACCAUAUCAGUGUUUGAACCUCCCCAACGAAAUACAGGAGUAAUUGGUGGGAAAUUCUUGGAAAGAAAUCGCAUUAAAAAGCCUGGACAAGAGCUUUAUAAAAGUGAGCUAUCUGAAUAUUACACAGCUAAGGAUCUGUAUGUUGGAGCCAAAGUGUGUUUCCAUGGCCACAUCUUUCUUUUGGUGGAUGCUGAUGAAUAUGCUUUCAACUACAUGGAGAAACAUGCAAAUGAGUUUGCUAUGGCCAAUAUCAACAUAAUCCUGAACAAGCUGAAAGCAAUAGGAGAACCUCGGUCAAGAGAGAUUAAACAGAUUUUUGCAGCCUCUGAUCCUCAGAACACUACCAUGAUUGAUUAUGAUGAUUUCAGAAAUGUGAUAUUGAAUAUCUCAGAUGGAAAAUUAUCAGAACAUGAAAUUAUGACUAUGGGGCGAUAUUACAGUGUAAGAUUGGAGAAUGAAAUGGAUGCCACUUAUCUUCUGGCAGUGUCCCAGGAAUAUCUCAAGAAAAAUAACUUUGAGAAUUUUGGCCAGCUGUUGGCAGCCUUGGCAUACGGUGAUCGGGAAAAAUGCGGACUGCUGGCCAGUGACAAGUGCAGGACUGUUUGCAAAUCCUUCAGGCUACCAUUAGCAGAUGAUCUUCUACGAGCUUUACUGGCUGCGUGUGAAGAUUGCAAAGAACAAGUAAAUUAUAAGAAGUUGGUUGAUGGGCUGAACUGGAGAGAGCAUCCAAUUCCAGCUUUCCAAACCAUCUUGAUGCCAUUACAGUAUGAAGAUGGAUGGCGUGGGGAGCCACCAACACUUCCAGUGAAAAAAAUAAAAUACUUACCAUUAAUAGAAGAUGUCUUUGGCAUCAAAGAUUAGCCUUAGUCCUUACAUCAUACUUCUUAUGGAUGAACAGUGCAGCUUUCUUUCUGUGGACAGUUACUGCAUAUUUUUAUUUAAACAAAAUAAAAGAAUCACAGUUACAGAUUUUUGGGGGGAAUGUCAGUUUUAUUUUUUACUUUAUUGUAGAAAUAUAAUUCAUAUACUUUUGUAAUUCUUUGAAACUCCAAUAGACUGUACUGUAUAGUCAAUAUAAUAAUUUAAAUAAUUUAAAUGUAUCUUUAUUUUCAGUUCUUACAUGUGGAAUGGAUGCUGGGUAACUUAGAAUUUUGCUCCUCUCCACUUGAACAAUCAAGCUGUUGCCUUUUAUUUUCUCAAGAGAAUCCUUGCAACCUUUGAGAUUAAAGCCUGGCUCUUUAAAAGUUGCCUAGAAGAGAAAAAUUGACCAGAAUCUUCUACCCUAGCAUUUUGGCUUUAAUAAGUGUAGUUAAUUAGUAACUGCAGUUCAGCUUCUACAUGAAAGGGAACGGGGCAUAAUAUAGUGUGUUUGCACAUCAGAGUUAAAUAAUAGAUUGGUUGACUCCAGAUUAUCUCCAGGCUGAUUCUAUGAUUAUUAUAAUAUAAUAUUUCUUCAAAAUUCCCAGUUGUUAGUUAAAAACUACCAAAGGAAAGUGCAAUAAAUAUCAAGAAGAAAAAUCUGUUGAUAGCAGAUCACAGGGAUAUAUUUUGUACAGAUAUGGAUUGCUCAUGGAGUAAGUUUAAUAAAAUGUAAAACAAGAUUUCUUCUCAGCUGUCUCAUGACAAAAGUAACUGUACCAUUCUUCAUCCUGUUUCUUUAAUAGAGCCUUACGCCCCUCCUAAAUAUAGGUGUGUGUAUGUGUGUAUGUGAGAGAUAUAGAUUAUAGAGUUAGUGAUAGAGAUAAGUAUAAUAGUGUGGUGCAGUCCUCUCACAAUUGUGGCACAGUUCUAUUUAGUCACCCACAAUGUACACUUCAGAUUUUGUUUGGGAGAGAGACACUAGCAUGAACUCCAUUGUUUCAACACCUCUACAAAUAAAAGUGGAAGCUGAAAUAGCUUCAUUGUAUGAAAACAUUGUUCUGUGUUACUUCCAAUACAUGUGACUUCUUCCCUUGCUAUCAUUGAUUUUAGUACCUUUUGUUUUUAUAAGGUGAAGGAUAUCCAUUAUAAGAUAGACCAUAGAAAAUGCAUCCACAUAGAGGGAAUGCUUGUAUUAAUAUAAACAAUGGCAUACAAUUCAAAGCAUAUUUGCUUUCAGUGUGUUACUUUGAGGGCAUAAGGUUGUUUUUUUUCUGACAUAUAAUAAUCCUGAAUGGUGUCGUCGUCAUCAUCAUCAUCAUCAUC